AUGUUCAAGCACGUAUUUCGCCUCACCACGGCCUCUUCCCGGACAGUGUCAUGCUUCUACCGCAGUUUCUCUGGCUCUACCUCAUUGCGGAGAAUUGACAAAAUCUCCUCAUCCGUGACCGACGCCAUCGGUGGGCUCAAGAGUGGUUCGACGGUCCUGGUUGGCGGCUUUGGCUUCUCUGGAGUACCGAACACACUCAUCAACGCCGUAGCCACACGACAGGAUAUAAAUGACCUUACGGUGGUCUCCAACAAUGCUGGAAUGCCGGGCGUUGGACUGGGCCAACUACUCGAGACGCGCCAGAUCAGCAAGAUGAUGGCAUCCUACAUCGGAGAGAACAAAACUUUUGAAAAGAUGUAUCUGACCGGUGAUCUCAGUCUGGAGUUGAUCCCGCAGGGGACAAUGGUUGAGAGGUGUGCUGCCGGUGCUGCUGGUGUACCAGCAUUCUACACACCAGCUGCAGUCGGCACAAUAGUCCAAACUGGCGAGCUUCCCGUAAAAUACAACCCCGACGGCACCGUGGCCACCAUGUCCAAGGCAAAAGAAAUGCGACAAUUCAAUGGCAAGAACUACGUCCUAGAAGAAUCAAUAUUCGGCGAUGUUGCGUUAGUCAAGGUUCACAAGGCUGACAGGCUGGGAAACUGCACAUUUCGCAAGGCUCAGAACAACUUUAACGAAGCCAUGGCAAAGAACGCCAAGCUCACCAUUGUCGAAGCUGACGAGAUCGUCGAGGUCGGUCAGCUCGAGCCCGAGAGUAUUCACCUCCAGGGUAUAUACGUUGACGUGGUAAUCGAGAGUACCGAGCCAAAGAAGAUUGAAAAGUUGGUGUUUGACAAGAAUCCCGAGGAAAUUGUCAAGGAGACAGCAUCAAACUCCAAGCGGGAACGCAUUAUUAAAAGAGCCGCCAAAGAGCUAAAAGACGGCAUGUACGUCAACCUCGGCAUCGGUAUCCCCCUAGCGGCGCCGGCUCUGGUGCCCGACGACGUCGAGGUGGUGCUGCAGUCUGAGAACGGUAUCCUGGGCAUGGGGAGAUACCCCAAGCCUGGUGAGGAAGACCCAGACCUCAUCAACCCCGGAAAGGAGACUGUGACUCUGAAUCUGGGUGCCUCGACCUUUAGUAGUCGAGAGAGCUUCAGCAUGAUCAGGGCGGGCAAGAUUAACCUCACGAUGCUGGGCGCGCUGCAGGUUAGCAUGUACGGGGACCUCGCCAACUUUAUGCUUCCGGGCAAGGUCAAGGGCAUCGGCGGUGCCAUGGACUUGGUCGCGAACCCAGAAAAGACAAAAGUGGUUGUCACCAUGGAGCACGUUGAUCGAAAAGGGCGUCCAAAGAUUCUGAAAGAAUGCACGUUCCCCCUCACUGGUCCCCGAUGCGUGUCAAGAAUCAUCACAGAUAUUGCAGUUUUUGACUGUACGCCCAAUGGACUGGUGCUUAAGGAGUUGGUGGAUGAGGUCAGUGUAGAUGAGCUGAAGAGCCUGACGGACGCGCCGUUUGAGAUAGCAGACGACUUUAAGCCUUACGAGUUCCCGUGCCGUGAGACAUUGCCAUGUUGGCUUUGCAAUGAUGCCAAAUUGACAUGA